AUGCAACCAGCCGACCCAAAUGGACCUUCGCCUAAUCAACCACCACCGAACCCACCAGGCGCCUCCCGGCGAAUCCCUCUCCCACCACUGGGUACGAAAUAUGCCCAUCUACCGACACACUUUACAGGAAUCAAUCUCGGCACACGUGUCGACCACAUGGGAUGGAGAUGCCAUGAUGUGUCCUGCUUAGCGGUCAACUCCAUGCCCUAUCCCCGCUGCAGGCAAUGCCACCUUCAACGAGAAGCAGGUGCCCACGCUCUCGGUCCCCAGUACGAGUUUAUCGGGAUCCUGGUGGAUGUGGACGGGCGCACCAACGAACACUGGUACUACCCUAAUACUCUGGCUAUACGAGAAAUGUACCGGGGAAGUGCACCGAGGGAUCUUCUCAAGGCUGGCUCCCCGCCUGUGUCUUGGCGUCCUGGUGGUAUCGAUGGAAUCGAUGGAAUCGAUCCCAACAAUAAUCCCCCUGCAGCUGAGAGGUCUGGCAACCCUGGAGUCGGUGCCCAGAACAAUACGUCUGCGCCUUUGGGGGCCGUUGACGCUGUUGGAACCAACGGGGAGGGGAGGGCGGCAAGGACUGGUGAGGUGAUUGAAGUUAGCCAUAUGGGAGGGGGGGUUGAGAAUGGGCGGAAUGGGGAGGUGGAUGAUGAGGAUCUUGAGGAGCCGGAAGAACAGGAGGAGGAGGCACAGUCAAAAAGGCAGGGGAAACAGCCGGCAAGACAGGCACAGUUGAAAAAAAGGAAGAAACAGCCGGAGAACGGAGGAGAGGCCCAGGGAGGAGCUACAGGUAGUGGGAGUGGCAAAAGGAAGAAGAGAGCGUAA